AAAAAACAGAAAAAAGAAAAGAAAAAAAGAAAUACUACUACCCCUACUUAGCAACAACAGCAAACACCAUUUGAUAAUUAGCAAAGUAACCAAAAUGGUCUUUCCCAUUUCUGCUUCCUCUUUCCCCACUCCUCUUUAAACUCUCCCCUUUGCAUAUACAUACGAAAAAUAUAUAAAGAAGACCACUCACCUUCCCAUUCUUGUAUGUAUAGUAAUAAUACACCUUUCAACUGGUUCUUGAAUUCAUAGAGAAAGGUAGGUUUACAACAACAAAACAAAAAAGAUUGUGUUUUAAUUAUAUUUUCUUGAGUUUAGAGUUGUGGGAAAUUGGUAAGACCGUGAUCCGAUGAUGAAAGAUCUAUGUCUUUGUGCUUGACGCUACUGCUGCGUGGUUUUGAAGGAAGUGGCUGAGAAUUUGACUACAUAUUUUUUUUUGGGAGAGGAUAUUUUACAAGUGAUGAUGGCGGUGACGUCGGCCUGUAAAGACAGUAAAAUGGGGAUGGACAAUGGGAAAUAUGUGAGGUACACUCCUGAGCAGGUUGAGGCUUUGGAGAGAUUGUAUCAUGAAUGUCCAAAGCCCAGUUCACUCCGUCGUCAGCAGUUGAUUCGGGAGUGUCCAAUUCUGUCCAACAUCGAGCCAAAACAAAUCAAAGUCUGGUUUCAAAAUAGAAGAUGUAGAGAGAAGCAACGUAAAGAAUCGUCGCGUCUUCAAGCCGUGAACAGAAAAUUGACAGCAAUGAAUAAGCUGUUGAUGGAGGAAAAUGAUAGGCUGCAGAAGCAAGUUUCACAGUUGGUGUAUGAGAAUAGCUUUUUCCGCCAACAGACUCAAACUGCAGCCCUUACCACCACAGACAACAAUAGUUGUGAAUCUGUGGUGACGAGUGGUCAGCAAAACUUGUCCGCUCAGCGUCCACCAAGGGAUGCAAGCCCUGCGGGACUUUUGUCCUUAGCAGAGGAAACUUUAACAGAGUUUCUAUCAAAGGCCACUGGAACCGCUGUGGAGUGGGUCCAAAUGCCUGGGAUGAAGCCUGGUCCGGAUUCCAUUGGAAUCACUGCUAUUUCUCAUAGUUGCUCAGGAGUAGCCUCACGUGCUUGUGGCCUUGUGGGUCUAGAGCCUACAAGAGUUGCUGAGAUCCUUAAGGAUCGGCCAUCAUGGUUCCGUGAUUGCCGAGCGGUGGAUGUUCUCAAUGUGAUGUCUACUGGGAGCGGUGGAACCAUAGAGUUGCUAUACAUGCAGCUCUACGCACCUACUACUCUGGCACCAGCUCGUGACUUCUGGUUAAUGCGGUAUACAUCUGUUAUGGAAGAUGGUAGCCUUGUGGUAUGUGAGAGAUCACUGAACAACACUCAGAAUGGUCCUAGCAUGCCACCGGUGCAGAAUUUUGUGAGAGCAGAGCUGCUUCCAAGUGGGUAUCUGAUACGACCCUGUGAGGGGGGUGGUUCAAUCAUUCACAUAGUUGACCAUAUGGAUCUAGAGCCCUGGAGUGUUCCCGAAGUAUUGCGUCCACUGUAUGAGUCAUCAACAGUGCUGUCGCAGAGGACAACAAUGGCGGCAUUACGUCACCUGAGACAAAUUUCUCAAGAAAUUUCUCAUCCUACUGUCACUGGUUGGGGAAGAAGACCUGCAGCCUUGCGCGCACUUGGUCAAAGAUUGAGCAAGGGUUUUAACGAGGCUGUUAAUGGUUUUACUGAUGAGGGAUGGUCUAUGCUUGAAAGUGACGGUAUAGAUGAUGUUACACUUCUUGUCAACUCAUCACCCAGCAAAUUGAUGGGUGCAAAUAUCUCUUAUGCCAACGGAUUUCCAUCAAUGAGUAGCGCUGUACUAUGUGCCAAGGCAUCUAUGCUUUUACAGAACGUACCUCCUGCGAUUCUGCUAAGGUUCUUGCGGGAACACCGAUCUGAAUGGGCAGACUCUGGGAUUGAUGCCUAUUCAGCUGCUGCAGUUAAAGCUGGUCCAUGCAGCAUACCAGUCACUCGAACUGGAUGUUUUGGUGGUCAAAUCAUUCUUCCACUGGCUCACACUAUUGAACAUGAAGAGUUUAUGGAGGUGAUAAGACUUGAAAGCAUUGGCCACUAUCAAGAUGAUAUGAUUAUGCCUGGUGACAUCUUCCUUUUGCAACUUUGUAGUGGAGUGGAUGAGAACGCUGUCGGAACAUGUGCGGAGCUCGUCUUUGCUCCUAUUGAUGCCUCUUUUGCUGAUGAUGCUCCUCUUCUUCCCUCUGGUUUUCGUAUCAUUCCUCUGGACUCCAAGGCAGACGCCUCUAGUCCAAACCGCACACUAGAUCUUGCAUCGACUCUUGAGGUUGGACCGGCUGGAAGUCGACCAAAUGGCGAUUAUUCCAAGAACUCUUCUAGCACAAAAUCAGUUAUGACAAUAGCAUUUCAAUUUGCAUUUGAGAUCCAUCUUCAAGAAAACAUAGCUGCUAUGGCACGGCAAUAUAUUCGCAGUAUCAUAUCAUCUGUUCAGAGGGUUGCUUUGGCACUCUCUCCAUCUCGUCUUGGUUCUCUCCCUGGUCUAAGGUCUCCACCUGGCACACCUGAAGCACAAACGCUUGCCCGUUGGAUUUGUCAAAGCUAUAGGUUCUUUUUAGGUGUAGAGCUGCUCAAAUCUGUUAGCGGAGGAAGUGAAUCCGUCCUGAAAGAAAUUUGGCAUCACUCAGAUGCUCUGAUGUGUUGUUCUUUGAAGGCAUUGCCAGUUUUCACAUUUGCAAAUGAGGCAGGACUUGACAUGCUAGAAACCACCUUGGUCUCCCUCCAAGAUAUUACUCUCGAAAAGAUUUUUGACGACAACGGAAGAAAGGCACUCUUCUCUGAGCUUCCUCAAAUAAUGCAGCAGGGUUUUGCUUGUCUUCAAGGUGGUAUCUGUUUGUCGAGUAUGGGAAGGCCAAUAUCGUACGAGAGAGCAAUAGCUUGGAAAGUAUUGAAUGAAGAAGAAGAUCCCCAUUGUAUAUGUUUCAUGUUCGUCAAUUGGUCUUUUGUCUGAUAUAUGUACGUAGGGAAGCAUACAAACUUAGAUCAGCAACACAACACCCCCUUUUCUGAUCAUAUGCUUUAUGGAUCAACCCUCUUGCCUUUAGGCAAAAAUAUCUGCAAGUGGACUCGUAUUUCUUUAUCAUGCACUUGUGUAUUUUGGUUGGUUUGUAAACUUUGUUACUUUCUUUUAUCUUAUGUUUUUCACUUCCCCUUGGCCCUUGCUA